GGCUACUAUAGGUUAGCUUUGAUAACGUUAGCGACAAAAUUACAGGUUAGUUAUGAACAGGCGCGCUCUGUAUUGUUUUGGAAAGGAAUGCAUCUUUUGCUGGGGUAAAUGACACGCAUACAUUGCUGGUUGUCCCACCGUACAGUCGGAAACGUCAUAGCGAUGUCUGCUUUAACCAGAAAACCAAGUUAACGUUAGCAUUCAAGUCACAGGCGAGACUCGGGGACAUCUGAGGAUUCACGUUAGCAACAGUGGCAGGUACCGUAGCAACUGCAGACGCUUGUUUCAUUAACCGUUACAGCUAUCGGAGCAUGCGAACUGCUGGCUUGCUUUGUUAACGGGGGAUCAACAGCGGACAUCCGCCAUGAGACUGAAAACAUCGCUGCUACAGGAACCCAAACAUAAGGAAGUUGUGAGUUGUGUUGGCUGGACCACAGCAGACGAGUUGUACUCGUGCAGUGAGGACCACCAGAUCCUCAAGUGGAACCUGCUGACCAAUGAGACCACUCUGGUUGUCAAAUUGCCAGAGGACAUUUACCCUGUUGACCUGCACUGGUUCCCCAAAACCGUUGGUGGCAAGAAACAGAACCAGACUGAGAUCUUUGUCCUUACCAGCACUGAUGGGAAGUUCCACCUGGCCUCUAAGAUGGGCCGCAUUGAGAAGAGCGUCGAAGCACACAAAGGAGCUGUUUUAGCUGGAAGAUGGAACUAUGAUGGGACUGCUCUUAUCACAGCUGGAGAAGAUGGGCAGAUUAAGAUCUGGUCAAAAAGUGGGAUGCUACGCUCAACACUGGCCAGCCAAGGGUCUCCUGUGUAUUCUGUGGCCUGGGGUCCAGACUCUGACAGAAUCCUCUACACAUCAGGAAGACAGCUAGUCAUCAAGCCUCUGCAACCCAGUGCCAAAGUCAUACAGUGGAAAGCUCAUGACGGGGUUAUUCUGAAGGUGGACUGGAAUUCAGUCAAUGACCUCAUACUGUCAGGUGGAGAAGACUGUAAAUAUAAGGUAUGGGACAGCUUUGGCCGUCUGCUUUACUCCUCGUCGUCUCAGGACUACCCGGUCACUUCUUUGUCUUGGGCACCAAAUGGAGAGGUGUUUUCUGUGGGCUCCUUUAACACCCUGCGGCUCUGUGACAAGACUGGAUGGUCAUAUGCAUUGGAGAAGCCCAACACAGGCAGCGUGUUCAGCUUGGCGUGGUCUGCAGAUGGCACCCAGCUGGCUGGGGCCUGCGGAAAUGGGCAUGUCAUCUUUGCCCAUGUGGUGGAGCAGCAUUGGGAGUGGAAGAACUUCGUGAUCACCCUUAGCAAGAGGAGAAGCAUGCAGGUGAGGAACGUGAUGGACGAUGCAGUGGACGUACUGGAGUUCAGAGAUCGAGUCAUCAAAGCCUCUCUGGCUUACGGUCACCUUGUGGUCGCCACUUCCCUCCAGUGCUACGUUUACAACUCGAGAAACUGGAACACUCCCCUGAUCUUUGACCUGAAGGAGGGAACAGUGAGCCUCAUCUUGCAAGCAGAGAAGUAUUUUCUGCUCGUGGAUGGAGCAGGGUUGUAUACGUUCUCAUAUGAGGGUCGAUUGAUAUCUUCCCCCAAGUUCCCUGGCAUGAGAGCUGACAUCCUAAAUGCCCAGGGUGUCUCGCUUAGUAAUGACACCAUUGCCAUCCGGGACAAGAGUGAUGAGAAAGUCAUCCUUCUCUUUGACGCCCUGACCGGGAAAGCCCUUGGCGAUGGGAAGCCCUUAACUCACAAGCUGGAGGUGGUGGAGGUAGCUCUGGACCAGUGUGGCCCAUCCAGUGAAAGAAAGAUUGCUCUGAUAGACAAGAACCGUGACCUUUACUUGGCCUCUAUGCGUCAUCUCGGGCGGGGACCCAAAAUCUGCAAAAUUGGAAGCAUGGUUCACAGUAUGGCAUGGAAUGAUGCUGCUAACAUCCUGUGUGGAGUCCAAGACAACCAGCUAACAGUGUGGUACUACCCGAGUGCUGUCUUCACUGACAAGAACCUGCUGCCAAAAACACUGUAUAUAAAGGAUGCCAGUGAGUUCAGCCGCACACCCCACAUUCUGAGCUAUGUUGGCACCAAAGUGACGUUACGCCAAGGAGACGGUUCUCUGGUGUACAGCAGUGUACCUCCCUACCCAGCACUCCUGCAUGAGUACAGCACCUCUGCACACUGGAAGGAUGCCCUGCGCCUCUGCCGCUUCGCCAAGGACCAGUCUUUGUGGGCAUGUCUUGCUGGUAUGGCUAUGGCUAACAGGGAGCUGACCACAGCGGAGAUGGCCUAUGCUGCCAUUGGAGAGCUACCUAGGGUGCGGUACAUCAACUUUAUAAAGGAACAGCCAUCUAAGGAGUCGUCUUUGGCCCACAUGCUGUUGUUCAGUGGUCAGGUCCAGGAGGCUGAGACCACUCUCUUACAAGCUGGUCUCAUCUACCAGGCCAUACAAGUCAACAUUGACCUUUUCAACUGGGAGAGGGCACUGGAGCUGGCAGUCAAACACAAGACCCAUGUGGACACGGUGCUGGCCUAUAGGCAGAAGUUCCUACACAAAUUUGGCAGGAAGGAGAACAUUAAGAUAUUCCUGCAGUACGCUGACGGGGUUGAGGUGGACUGGGAGAAAAUCCAGGCGAAGAUAGAGAUGGAGUUGUCUAAAGAGAGAGAGAGAGCUGCUAAUGCCACUGUGAGGAGCAGCGUGGCCUCGCGUCGUUAAUGCUCAGCGGACCUUUCUCGCAGAAUUUGUGAUUCCCAUGUGUUUUUGACAUUUGGUGAAUAUGAGGUGGUUUGGCUUGGCCUCAGAGUAAUAAAAAAUGUUCUGUACAAUGUCCACCAUUAGUUCCAAGUACAUUAACUUUGAGUAAAAACAAAAGGGAACAUUUGAAGAUGUGUAGUAGGCCGUGAAGAGUGUGACACUUGACUUUCAAUCUUACAGUCUUGUGUCAUGUGCUGUGUAAUGUAAAACAUUUGCACAACAUUGUACAUGGCAUUCUGCUACCGCGGGUGGAUGAUUUGACUUUUUGAUAAGAGCGUCUGUAUUUCUCAGCAACAACUCCGGUAUGGCCUUUCUGUCAUUUCAGCCUCUCAGUGAUUUCAGCGUGACAAGUUCAAAGUAGAUUGUUAUCUUUUUACAUUUUUCAAAAUUAACUUGCUGUGCACAGUCAUGCACAAAUGUAUUGCUUUGUUUUCUUGUCAGUGAUGUUUGACUUUGUAUUUUAUAUCUAUAGAUAUUUUUAUAGUUCAUAUAUUCAAAAUGUUGCCUUCUGUAAGAAUGUCAAGUAAUAAAACAGACUGAAAUACUGUA